AUGGCCAUAUCUCUUUGCUUCUCUCCUCUCACUUCAACCCCAAAACACUAUUCAAGAAUCCCCCUUUAUAAACCCAUCAACCCCAUUACCACUUUAACAACUCCAAAGAUUUUAAAUCCCAAUUUCAAGAAAGUAAAUUGUGUUCCUGAAAAUUCUCAGAAUCUUUCUGUGAUUCAAGAAAAACCCAGAUGGGAAAACUGGGUGUCAAUUGCAGAAAGUCUUUAUCCUGUUUAUGUAACCGUUGGUGGGGUUGUUGCCUGCUUAAAGCCCUCAACUUUUUCAUGGUUUGUCAAGUGUAGUCCUACUUCCUAUAGUUUGGGUCUUUGGUUUAUAAUGCUUGCUAUGGGUCUUACAUUGGAGAUCAAAGAGUUAACUAACUUGUUAUUACAAAAGCCUCUUUCUAUUCUGUUUGGUUGUGCUGCUCAAUAUACUAUUAUGCCUGCCUUGGGAAUGAUUCUCAGCAAAAUCUUGGGUCUGCCUCCUUCAAUUUCAGUUGGUCUGAUAUUGCUUGCGUGUUGCCCUGGAGGUACUGCUUCUAAUGUGGUAACCUUAAUUGCACAAGGAGAUGUCCCAUUAUCAAUAGUGAUGACAGCAUGCACUACAAUUGGUGCAGUGGUCCUGACUCCCUUCUUGACAACAAUUCUGGCAGGAACUUAUGUUCCUGUGGAUGCUGUUAAGCUUUCUAUCAGCACGCUCCAGGUUGUGGUUGCUCCAAUUCUCUUGGGUUCUUAUAUGCAGCACAAAUUUCCAAAAGCUGUAAAAAAAAUUGCACCUAUUGCUCCCCUUCUCGCAGUCUUAGCAACAUCUCUUGUUUCUGCCAGUAUAUUCUCUGAAAAUGUUGGUCGCCUAAGAUCUUCCGUGGUUGGUAUGUCAUUCUCUUCUGAUUUGCCUCUAAUCAGUCGUGCUCAGAAUGUGCUAGCUAGCGAAUUUGGACUCGUUGCGGUGUCUGUCUCAUUGCUUCAUUUUGCUGGUUUCUUUGUUGGGUAUCUUUCUGCUGCUUUGGCCGGUUUUAGCGAACCUCAAAGACGAGCUGUAUCCAUCGAGGUGGGCAUGCAGAAUUCUGCCUUAGGAGUGGUUUUAGCGACCUCCCAUUUCUCUUCACCAGCAGUUGCAUUACCUGCUGCAACUUCAGCUAUCAUUAUGAACAUAAUGGGUAGUUGUUUAGGUUUCUUUUGGAGAUGUAUUAACCCUACUCAACCAAAAAGUAGUCUUGAAGUGACUGAUAAAUCUUGAAUGUUCAUGUUGAA